AUGACUAUUGGUGCCGGUUCGAAGCGUACGAAAGUCCGAAUCCCUGUUGAGAUUGAUAUUGCUAGAAACAAUUCCUUUAACAUGUUCGGAAAACGCGGUCCUCAGAAUGCAAUCCUUAGAUUCGCUAUUCAGGGAAGCAUGCUAGGCAGCAUAGUCGUCGGUUUGCCUGUUAUUCCGACUGAAGAUGUUAAAGAUAAAAUCGAUGAGCCAGAGCAAACCGUUUACGCUGUGCGGUGCCACGCCGGGAUCUAUGUUAUAGCCCACCAUUGUCAGGCUCACUGUAACGGGAGGGGUCAUGUACUCUUCAAUGAGACCCGAUGCCCUGUCGGAUCAGAUAAUGCUGAUAUCUUUUCGGAUUGCUACUGCACCCCACAAUGCGUCCCUUGUAAGGAAGAGGAUGAAGACCAGGUUUAG